AUGUCGGCCACUCAAACAAGAGUGCUUCUGCACAGUCGAAAGCUCUCUCAGACAUCAACAUCAACAUCAUCCCUUCCUCCAGCCGCCCAGGGCUCAUCUUCAUCUUCAUCCCGACCAACCUUUCACUGCACCAAAGCCCUUCAGAUCGAAGCCCGAGGCCAUCCCCUCUUGGCCUUCCCCCAUUCGCCUCGACGGACUCCCAUCCCCAUAUACAACGUAGAUCUCUCCACGGGCAUCGCCACAGACAUAGCCUACCAGUCUCUCCGUCCGGUUCGCGGCUCCGGAAACAGCAAUCUCAUCCGUGCCGGCGACUCUGAAAACGACCCCAUCUGCCGAACUACAUACCGCUUUGGCCCGGGCAAGCCCCCAAAAUUGGAACUAUGUGGACUCAUGGCCUAUGAGGAGGAGUUUGAAGUCGUCAACAAGGGCUUCACUACGCGAGCGCAAGUAUUCCGCACGCACCUCGGUACGUUCCAAUGGCGUUAUGCGGGGCGGGAGGAGAGAAAAGCGGCUGGGGCGGAUAACUUGAUGGUUCUCGAUCGAAUAGUCAAAGUGGCGCUUGAAGGCGGGAAGCAGGAGGAGAAGAGGAUACCAGUGGCAAGACUGGUGAGAAAUGCAGAGGUCAGGUCCAAGGAGACGAAAAUUACGACGGCGGGGAAUGGAGGCAGAUUGAUGAUGAAUUUGAGGGAGUGGGAGGGAACCAAAGGGGAUGCGGAGCAGAUGGAGGUGUUGGUGGUGGCUAGCUGCUUGGUGAUGCUGAAGAAGGAGGUUGAUAGGAGGAGGAUGCAUCAGGCUAUUGCCAUGACAUCGCCUUGUUAUUUUGCUUAA